AUGUCCAGUGAACGGUCUAGAAGCGUGCGCAGUUUUCUGGAUGAAAAAUUCAAACCUACUUUUGACCAGUAUGAUAUAGAAACUGGUAUCCCUACAUCGGAUCUUAAACAAUUUCUCGGGAAGUCUCACUUGUCAGAAUCGAAAGUUCACAAAAUUGUGGACUCGGCAGAUAAAGAUGGAAACCAGUUCAUUACUUACAAUGAGUUUAUAGAACAAGUUCUGUCUGAAGAUGAAAAAGUUAUCCGAAGGUUGCGUAUUCACAAACGGAUUCUCAAUCGUGCAGUUUUGGCUAUAGAACCACAUUGUGGACGUGAGCAUCAGCGAGCUGUUGUCAUUGAUUCUGGCUAUGACGCCAAUGUUUGUAGUUCAAGUGGAGCGAAUAUUAAUAAUUAUAUAGAGGCGUAUGACUGUCGCCCUCCUCCUAUAUUUAUCCCUUUGAUAACUAUCGCUGAGAUUGCAGUUUUUAUAUACUACUUUGUUACUUAUAGAAACCAACCUGACUCCAAUGAUUUUACACAUUCAUCUGGUUUUCCUAUUGAUAGUAUACUUAUAUAUAACCCGACUAAGCGUCACGAACUAUGGAGGUUUUUAACCUAUAUGUUUAUUCAUUAUGGUUAUAACCACCUAGUUUUUAAUUGUCUAGUGCAAAUUGUACUUGGUCUUCUACUUGAAUUGGUUCAUAAAUUUUGGCGAGUUGGAUUAGUUUAUUUUUUAGGUGUUAUUUCAGGUUCCUUAGCUAGUUCUGUUACUGACUCAUUCUCCCUGGUGUGUGGAGCUAGUGGUGGCUGUUAUGCUCUUAUUGGUGCUCAUUUAGCCACUGUAAUAAUGAAUUGGGAUAUAAUGCAGGAGGGAUGGCUAAAAGAUCCUUUAAGCUUUAUAUCAAGUGGUGUUGUCAGAUCAGUUAUAAUUAUUGUACUUGGUGGUAGUGAUACUGCACUUGCUAUAUACGAUCGGUUUUCAAAUCCGAAUGAAAAAAUACGUGUUGGUUUCUCUGCUCACUUUGGUGGUUUUAUAGCAGGUCUUUUAUUAGGUGUAGUUAUUUUGCGCAAUUUAAAGGUAGAAAAAUGGGAAAAAUAUUUUGCUUGUAAUUGUGUUUUAAUCUUCCUCCUAUUUGCUGUAGCAACUAUCCUAUUCAAUGUAUAUUGUUACAGAAUUAAUGAAUGUCCUGCAUGUGAUUGGGAUAUUCAAUAGUUGAUCAAAUUUCUUUAUCUUUUAAGAAAAAAAUACUGAAAUUUUUCUCUUCUAUUUUAUAAAACCAUGUUAGUUGUGAUUGUAAAUAUAAUUAUUUUCUCUAUUCCUAUAUGACUUAUCAACACAUUUCAUAUUUUAUAUUCUCCGUUUUUGCCUUCUUUUUAUUUCUUCUUUGUUGAGUCUUAUCUCAUUAUUGAGUUGUCAAAGGCACACUCUAAAAUACAGAAAAAUUUACUGUGAUUAAAAUUUGUAAAACAAUUUAUAAUUUUUUUCUUUUCUUUUUGUUUGGUCUCAUAUUAGCGCUAACGUCUUUCUUUGAAAUUAUCAUUUUUAUUGAACACCAUUAGUUCUAAAAUCAUUAAUUAAAGAUGAAAAUCUAUCUCGUCUGGUUAACCUUUCACAUAUAAUUCUAGUGCUUGGAAAUAUUUUCAUGCAUUUUUGCAUAUCUAUACUUGUGUUUAAGAAUGUAAACAAUGAACCACACAUUUUUGUUGUUUUGUUUUGAAAAUUGCUUUUAGUUCUUUUUAUUUGUUACUUUCUAGUUUUGCUAAAUGGGAUUUCGUCUGUAAUUAUCUGUAUAUAGUUCUGUAGAGUUAAAUAUUUUUUUUAUCAUUCUUAAACAUUUUUUGAUUGACUAUAUUUGUUUGUGCAUCAGACAAUCUAAUAUUAUCUUUGUGACCUUUCAUUUUAUGAUUUAUCAGUUUAUCAAAUAUAGAGUUUAUGCUUAAUUUUUGAAUGGAUGCUAUUCAGUUACUAUCAGUAAUAGCUUUUUUCUUGAGAAACAAAUGAUAGGUCAGUACAAAUAACAGACGGUGAACAAUUAAGGCUGUGUGUUUUUUGUCAAGAAUUUUGUUGAUCUCAGUUUCUAAUUAUUGUAAAUUCCAGUUCCCAAAGAUAAAAUUACGAUAUAAAGAGUUAAAUUUUCUUAUUUGUUAUUUUAUGUUGAGAAUGAGAUAAUA